AACACUUUGGCUCAGAAGGUAGAAUUAGUUAUCACUCACCUAGCUUAAUGUUUAUAGGAAUAGUCUAAAAGCCCCAAACGAAUGUCUCCACGGAUGCUUAACCAAAUAAACUUAAUUGUAAUUGUUUAAUAAAAAUGAUACGAAAUGUUCAGGUUAUUAGAGCUAUUUUUCUUAUCUAUAAUGCUAAAUGUAGUGGGAAUUUUUGUGCCAUCGUGUGCCGUGCGGAAAGCGCUCUUUCUUUCUCGCACAGGCCCGGCCAAAGAGAUGUCUAAAUGACCCAAAUGUCCCACAUUAGACCUGUCAUAAACAAAAACAUUUGUGCUGCUCUCGAUGCCCAUGAAAACGCACGACUCAGCGCUCGCUUUUGCCGUUUACCGUUAUGAAACGCUGCAUCUACAGAGCUCUCAAUAGCAGCACGAUACUAUUUGAUUGAACUUUGUCAUUUGGCAAGAAGCGCACUGGGCAAUAGGCUCUCAGUGCUAUACCACGUCGCCCCGACCACCAUUACCACCACUUCUUGGAUUAUGUUUUGUAUCAGCGUCACCACACAGAGCGUCAACGGUAAUGCAAGUGUAGAUACUCCACGAACCAAACUAAGCAAUAGGCCGCCAAGUUGUCACUGAAUGACUGGCAAGACAAGGACAUCAAUAUCGCGGUAGUUGCGCCAACAAGAAUCUCUUACUGAAUACCGCGUCCGUGCCUCAUUUAUCCUAUUAGCAUUGAAAACUUUAAUUCUCUGUACAAAGAAAGUGUCUAAAGGACUACUGAAGUGUGUGCUGUGUAUAAAGAUGAUGCGUAGAGCCAUAUUCUUGAUUUGCCUUCUACUGUUCAGCUUGACCGUUUGUUGUCAAAACCCUACGACGUCUACGAUUACGACACCAGCACGUGCGGCCGAAAUUCGAGUAAAGUACUCUAGCGGAGCAAUAGUCCGCGAUAUGGACCACAUUCGGCAGGAUCUGCAUCAGGUGAUCCAGCUGUCAGGUGACGGGACCUUCACCAUUGAGGAGUCAAUUUUCUAUCUAAUGCGAAUGCACGACUUUGAUGAUAACAAUCAAUUGGACGGGUUAGAGAUGAUGCGAGCUUUCACUCAUGCGCACGAAGGUCAUAAACAAGGCGAAAAUGAAGACAACCCUCAUCCAUUAUUAGAGACGCUUGUACAACUUGUAGACGAUACAAUGAGACACGAUUCGAACAUGGAUGGCCAUCUAAGCUUUGCCGAAUGGUUACAGGGAUACAAAUCAGGAGGGUCAGCGUAGUGGUUAACGUUAGGCCUGUUUGUAAAUGAUG